AUGGCGGCCUCGUGCCCUCCCUCAGCCCCCAGCCCGGGUGUUUCCAUCCUGCAGGGAUCCCGCCUGCAGCUGGGGGCUGGCCGCGGAGUCCCCGAGGAGGCCUGUCGGCCGUUUUCUCACGUUCCGUUCCCCCCUUUCUGGGGGGUUCACAGGCCGGCGCCGGCCGCGCAGCCCCGCAGCGGGGAUGUGCUGAACCAGAGGCUGGCUGCGGGCAGGGAGCUCUGCUGUGAGAUGCUCCUGGCCUUUCCAGAGUGGCCCCUGGAGCUGGUCGCCCCCAUUGUGACCCCAGCAUUGUGCAUCCGGAUGCACGCGGACCCCCGCAUCCGGGUCCUCAUCUCAGCAACAAGGGAGAGCUACCCCUGUCCUGAUGCCCCCCCCCCCAGAGCUGCUCUUCCCAAAGCCCAGGAGUGGAGCGAUAACGUUCUUUGUGGAGACAGAGAGAAAAUAAGGCUCCCUCCAUCCGUCUACACCUUCUCAUAUUCAGCACACGAGAUCCAGCCUGUUGCCAGGGCACGUCAUGUGUACAGGGGUGAGUUGUCCUCACAGUCUAAAGGGCUGCGGGGAUUUUUGGUGGCAUGCCUCAGAGUCAUGCUGCAAACAAUUAAAGCUGUUACCAUGAUUUGGUUCACCUUGUUGAGUACGAAAUCAAUGUUCACUGUUCCAGACAAGAGGAAGCACAGGAUCUACAACAAGGAGCGUGCUGUCUUCCAGAUCCACCACACAAACCUGCAGCUAGGUGGUUGCACCAGAUUUUCCACGUCAACAUCAGAGCUCUUCCCAGUACACGAUCUAGAGCCUGUAGCUAUUGCUUGUCCAAACAAAAAUGCCUCAUCCAUCCCCAGAGGCGACGAAGACCCUGAGAGAAAUCGUGCGCUAGCGGGAAUGACUACGACGCAGGUCUUCUACCCAGAGACUGGCAGGUGGAACUUCUCACCGAAGCCUGACUUGCUACUGCAGAAACGUCAAAGCAGCAUCUCCUUAGGAGAUGACCGUUCAGGCUCCUGUUACUUCAGCACAACGCAGCAGUCAGACUAUCAGCCACCACGCCAGACCCAGAGGGUGACAGGAGACAGCAAGAAUCAACGUCACAGCCACAUCCCCUUCAACUACCACAAUGAAAGUCCUGUCACAGCCACGCAGGCCAUGCUGGUCCCACACCGACAGCAGAAACAGCGACUCUCUGAAGACAUGCUACAGCAGAUGAAAUGCUCGCCCUUGGUGCUACCCUGGAGGGCGCAGGACCUCUUCAGCACAGAGCAGAAGGAUGCGUUCACACCUAAGUCCAGAGGCCCAGCAGAAAUCCAAACGGGAGACUCCCAAGUGAGCCGCAUCCCACUGGGGACCCUGAAAGGAUACUGCCCCUGGAGGAAGGUGGUCUUUGCACCGUGACGUUCCCCCUUUCUCACUGACUGCCCAGGACUUCCUGCGCCAUCGACUGCCUCUGUGUUGUUUUACCUAGCUCUUCUGGUGCCCUGCUUUCGGCCCAUCUGUGUGUUAUUACAGGUAACAUUUAUUUCAAGAGCUGAAUGAGGACACAAGGUGUUGUGACAACAAGAAUAAACAGCUGGGGAUCAGCCCAAAGA